ACAUGAUUCAAGAUGUAAGAAAACAUUCAGCUGCUCUCAGUGUGGGAACAGAUUUAGCACCAAGCCACAACUGAAGAGACAUAUGAGAAUCCACACAGGAGAAAAACCUCUCAGCUGCUCUGAGUGUGGUAAAGCUUUCUCUGAUAAUGGAAACCUGAAGAAACGCAUGAUGACUCACACAGGUGAAAAGCCUUUCAGCGGUUUAGAUUGUAAGACAAUGUUUUCAAUGUCUAGACAUUUACAGAUGCACAUGAUAAUCCACACAGGAGAAAAACCUUUCAUCUGCUCAGUCUGUAAUAAAUCUUUUACACAGAGUGGAGGUUUACGGAUACACAUGAGAACUCACACAGGAGAGAAGCCUUUUAGCUGCUCUGAGUGUGGUAAAGCUUUCACUCAUAGUGGAGCCCUGAAGAACCACAUAAGAACUCACACAGGAGAAAAACCUUUCAGCUGCUCAGUCUGUAAGAAAUCUUUUACACAGAGUGGAGAUGUACAGUCACACAUGAAAACUCACACAGGAGAGAAGCCUUUUAGCUGCUCAGUUUGUAAGAAAUCUUUUACACGGAGAGGAGGUUUACGAUCACACAUGGCCAUAGUCCACAAAGGAGAGAAACCUUUCAGCUGCUCAGUCUGUAAUAAAUAUUUUACUCAGAGAGGACAUUUACGGUCACACAUGGUAGUCCACACAGGAGAGAAAAGAUUCAGCUGCAGUGUUUGUAACAAAAGAUUUGCCUGGUGUUCUGAUGUCAAAAGACAUAAAUGUGUUGGUCCGAUGGAAACAGAAGCUGAUGGAGAGGACUGUGGAGGACCAGAACCAGCCAGGAACUCACAUCCACUUUUACAACCAGAGACUGAAGACCAGACUGGAGACUACUGAACCUGAGACUGGUGACAUGGAAUUAGGGCCGAAACAAUUCCUCGAGUAACUCAAAUAAUUCAAAUUACUUUGAAAAAUGAUUUGCCUCAAAGCUUCGUUUAAUUAAUGUUACCAACGUUGUAUCGCGUGUUAUUACUGUCGCACAGCAGGCUGACACUACUGGCGGCACUUGCCAUGAAGACUGACGGCAGUGUAAAUAGUGAGGGAGGGGCUAAGAGAAGAGACAGGCUGGAGAAAACGACAGAAACUGUCCAAAGUUUGGAAUCAGUUCAAACUCUGUACAGUGUGUCUACUGCAAAAUGGAACUAGCUUAGCACGAUAACAGCAGUGCUUCAGCGUCUCAACAUAAAUCAUGGAGUCUAACUUAAUCAUCCAUUCCACGAAGAGGACCCGACAAAAAUAAAUCACAGAGUUGUAUGGACGAUGAAACUACACCAAACACAACUACUACCAAAAUCAAAGACAAGAAAAUACGUAGAGGUGACCACGAUCUGAUCUAGAGAGACCACUUGUUGGCAUCCCUUUGGAAAAACAGCUGAUUGUUGCGCACCAUUUUCUCUCUCUCUCUCUCUCUC